UAGAAUAAGUUUACAUAGAGAUAAUUUUACAUAGAAUUAUUUUGCAACAUAAAUAUAUUUAGUAUUGAUAUUUUCGCAUAGAAAUCUAUUUAAGAGAGUUGUAUGUUGGUAGAGUGAUAAUGGUAGAGAUCUGCAAGACACGCUUGUAACCGGUACAAUCUACUCUAUAUUUUUCCACCUUUCAAAUGUGGUAUCACACAUAUAUUUCGCAAUCUUUAAAAAUUUUAAUCAUUUGUUUAUAAAAACUUUCCGUAUUCUCUCUGUGCUUUUUGAGGAUGAUUUAAUGCGGUCAACAGAUGUCGUUUUCGUCGCGCACCUUGCCAAUAGCCUACAUACAGUCGUUAUACUGCCAUUAAGAUGGACGCCUUGAUACUAACUGUGAGAUCAUUUACUGAGAACCUUAUUAAAAGAGAUUGCUUUUGCGAUUCAAAUUUUUUUCGCUAUGAAGAAGGUGCAAAACUUUGCUUAUGUGAGAAUGAGUAUCGGAAAUUGAAGAACUACGUGGGUCACUUUAAAUAUUUGGAAUGUUGGGAGAUAGUCGAUAAUGAUAUACAUGAUUUUUCACCAAGUUCAAAAGAAAACAAAAUUAUACCGAAAUCCAAGACUAAGGACACAGAAAGGGUGAUCGCGAUGUUGAUGAUUCUUGAAAUUGAAGAUAAACUUAAAUACUUAAAUUCCAAAAAAAUCAUAACUAAUCCAUUGUACACAGAAAUUCAUGAUAAAGUCAAGUUAUUAAAAAGUGAAUAUCCAUCAGUAUUAGCAUUUUCAAAACAAUUACGUCAAGUCAAAGAUGAAAGGAUAUAUAGCGAUCUUAAGAGGUUUCAUUUGCACCGUAAUCUUCUAGAUCAUCCCAUGGAUUCCCAAUGGAAUGAAAUUUAUAAAGAGGUCGAGAAUUUGAAGAGAGAGAUGAGUUAAAUAUCUAAAAAAAUCUUAUUAUUUUUUUUUUUUUCAAUGAUACGCAAAUAUGAGUGAUAAGUUGUGAAAUGAAGUAAUAGAACACUGUAAUUAUUAAUAAAACAUGCGGAGUAAUGUGGUAUAUAAUUGCUCAACAUAUCGUUUGUUAGCUAUCUUUGAUUGUUAACUUCACCGUAAUUACAAUUAAACUAUUAAAAAU